AGCUGUGGAGAGAUAGGUGCUUCUGAUGGAUGCUGCUGCUGAGGUUCCCCAAGGCCAAGAGGCUGAUCCCAUUCCCAGCUCGCCGCAUGUGGAUGUCAGUAGCCUGCGCCGUUCUGUACUGCUGGCUGGCCCGGUGUCCGAGGUGCUCCGCGAUGACAACCUCCUAAUCGAGAUCCUCGUCCGCCUCCCUCCCAAGCCGUCCUCGCUGCCCCGCGCGUCCGCCGUAUGCAAGCGCUGGGGCAGCAUCCUCUCCGACCCCCACUUCCGCAAACGCUUCCGCAAGCACCACCAGAAACCUCCUCUGCUCGGCUUCUUCAGAGGGUAUGCUAAAAACUUCAUUCCUGCCAUGGACUCACCUGACCGCAUCCCUGCUGCCUGCUUCUCCCUGCCCAAGAGCAGAAUACCCUACCAGGAAGAUGAAGCAUACAUGGGCUGCCGCCAUGGCCUCUCUCUCCUAAUCAGCAUGCAUAAGGGCGAGACUGUCGUGUGGGAUCCCCUCACCGGUGAAGAGCGCAUCAUGGCUUUUCCACCAGGGUUCAACAGUGCCUCAAUGGGGAGUUACUGUGGCUGGCAUGGCACUGUAUUGUGCGUCGAUGCCGAAGAUGGGCAUGUCCACGGAGAUUGUUUCUCGAGCCCGUUUAAAUUGGUUUUGGUUUGCGCUGAGUACAAUACACCGGCAUUUUGUUCUGUCUACGACUCGGCGUCUGGUGUUUGGGGAGAUAUUUUCUCGACGAUGACGAUAACAGCUGGAGUGUCUAGGUUAAGAAGGCCCAGCACCCUUGUCGGGAAUGCACUUUGCUUGUUGAUUUCUGGAGGUGAUGUCCUUGUGUUUGAUUUCAAAAUGCAAAGUCUUUGUCUGCUCGAAAAGCCGGUAGAAAACCAUGGUACCGACGACUGGUAUUUUCAGCUCUUACGGAUGGAGAAUGAUGGACUAGGCCUUGCUAUUUUGUUGGACCUGACUAUCAAAUUAUGGGAGAGGAAAUCUAACAGCUAUGGUGUUUUCGAAUGGGCGCUGCUGCAGAAAACCAUUCCACUCGAGGGUACGGUUCCAAGGAGAAUGGAAUCUGCACUUUUCGUCGGGUAUGAUGAGGACGCAAAUGUGAUUGUUCUCACUACUAUAACCGGCAACUUCACACUCCAAGUUGACUCGAUGCAGAUCAAACAUAUUGUUAAAAGAAACAACAUAUGUCUUGACACCUUUUAUCCCUACAGGAAUUUCUAUACCGCAGGUAUUAAGAGUUAAAGUCGGGUUGCUGAGAUGCAGCCAUGGCUAGUUGGCGUAGGGAAGGUCUUCUAUGUUGCUGAGAUGCAGCCAUGGCUAGUUGGUGUACUGAAGUUCUUCAAACUGUGUGUCUGUAGUUUCUUCUAUUUUAUGUAUGCCGGUGGCAUGCGAUGUGGUUGAUGCUGAGAUUGCUCUUGUAUGUAGUUUCUUCUAUUGUGUAUGCCGGUGGCAUGCGAUGUGGUUGAUGCUGAGACUUGUCGUGUGAAGUCUUGUAUAUUUUUAUCUGGGACCAGCAGACAUUAGUCAAGUUGCAUGCCUGGUUAGCGACUCGUGGAUUUGCUUGGGCUGAUGCUUGACUCUGUG